UUAUUCGUUCUCUCCUCGAUCAGAGCCCACCUGUCGGCAAAGGCACUUCCUCAACAUUACUCAAUUCUGAGUCUUUCUUCUGUGUCACCAAACUCACAUAUUGGUCCGGUAGGUGUCGACGAGGGCGUUUUUGACAACGUCCUUGUUUUCGAUGGCCGUCUGGAGGUCUGCUAUCCUGCUUUUGAGGGCCUGCACAUGAACGAUGCAUUCCUUUUCGCUAGUACUUGCGUGGUCUGGUCUUCCAUGGCCUCCUCCUGACUGCCCUCACUGAUGGCCUCCCGGCCCCCCAGCGAGUCGGUCUUGUAGGCCCUGUGUGCCUUGAUGGGGUUGUGUGAUUGCAUGAUCAAGGCCACCUCGGACUUGUGCGCCCUUUCGGCCACUCUGUUGGACGGCAUUGCCUGCAUUGCAAACAGGCACAGAGGAGACAGAGACGGCAGGUCUGAGUGUCCACUGCAAUGCCUCUCGGCCCGGCUCACCUGUCACCCAUCCAUCUCACCUUCAUUCUGAGCUCAUCUCUGACGAUCUGGUGACGUACCCUUUCGCCAACUCCUCCCGACGCUUCGCCAUCCAAGCAGGCUCUGCGUUGCUGCUCAUCGGACUCAUCUUUCAGCAGCAUAGCCAUCGAACAAGUUGGCGAAAAAGCCUGACUUCUCCGGCUAAGGGCACGACACACAGACACACAGACACACAGACAGAGACACAGACAGACAGACAGACAGACAGACAUCGGGUGUGGGCGUCUGCGUGAAUGAGAUUGAAGUGCCUACCAGGCUGGCACCCUCUUCUCUGACCAGUCCACCGUCUUCCUCCCGUAGUGGUCGGUGCAGACCGAUACUUGCGUCGGCGGCUCGUGGCGCUCCACAUGCACAACACGCCAGCCCCCCUUGCCGUCGGGCACCUUGGUGCGCGUCUCGACAUGGAAGCCGACUGUUGGCGGGGUCGACGGACAGAAGCAGGUGGGCUUGCAGUGCUUGGCCAUAGCAGGAGGGGCAAAGUGGGCGUAGGGGAGGGGGUGGGGGCCGACAAAUGGCUGAGGGGGUGGGGGUGGUGGGGAGAAUGGCUGAGGGGGAGGGGGGAGGCAGCUACAGCACUCUCAGCCUCCUCUCUCUCUCAUGCAGCCACCAGUGCGACGCCGCCUCGCCGGCUGUUUGUUUGCGCACAGACAGACAGAGAGACAGACAUCGGGUGUGGGCGUCUGCGUGGAUGCGAUUGAACUGCCUACCAGGUGGUCUGUGGACAGGAUCGUAAUCCAUGAGCUCCUUGGUGAGUUUGACAGCGCCCUCCCAUUUCCUGUCAACUUCCGCAAAAGUGGGGGGGUGCUGAAAAGAAAAAGAAGGAGCGAAUUCACGUAUGAGCGUGUGGGCUUGGGCCCGUCCCCCUCCCGUGCGUGUGUGUGUGCGCUGUUGAUGUGGUGGUGGCGCUCUUCCCUGUCCGUGAUGCCCUUCAAUUCAGGGAAAGGAAGGUCCUUAUAGAGCAAAGCUUGCCUGCACACACAACAACAACAGCAACAGCAAUUCCACCCACACGAUGUCGGUCAAGUGCAGGUGUCCUUUGUACAACAUGACCCCAACUGCCCAUAGAUCGGUCUCCGCUGUGUAGCCGGUCAAGUGCUCCUCGGGCGCCUGCUCACACCACACAGAGCAGCACACAUAGGAGUUUUCCCUCUCCCCCCGCCCCACUUGCCUCUUGCAUGCAUCACACUUACAGUGUAUUCGCGCGUGCCGCCGCGGUCCUGAUUGCCUGCGAUGCGCCAUGCCUUGAGGGCCCUCUCUGUGGCACACAGCUGGUAGUCGACCAGCUUGAGGCAUGUUCCAUCGAACAGGCAGUUGUCGGCCUUUAUGUCGGCAUGAACCAGCUGAGUGAGUGGAGAAGGGACACACCCGGCCACACAUCAAAUGAAUGGCUUUGGCCAGUGAAUACCCACCUUGCUGGCAUGCAUCCGAUUGACAGGGAGCAGCAACUGCAUGACGAUGGACCGGCGGGCGUCGAGGCUGAGGCCGCCCUCCGCCCACCACUCAGGCAGGGGCACGCCGUGGCACCUCUCCAUCACGACAUACACGCAUUCUGGCAUCCUCUUGUCGCGUGGCUUUGCGGACCAGUCCACCGUCUUGCUCCCGUGGUGGUCGGUGUGGACCGAUACUCGCGUUGGCGGCUCGUGGCGCUCCAU